AUGGCUAUUGCCCGCAUCCGAAAGCCUGAUGAGCCACCAAGCGCCGCAUGGGAAAUAGAUGGGGCAAACUAUAUAGACUGGCGAGGACCUUGGGCGGACGAUUUGAAGGACCAAGAAUGUCAAGACUGUACCACAACAGAUCGCACAACAGCCAAUGCUCAGAUCUUGCAGUGGGAGUCGCUACCCUGCUGGCCUGAAGAUGAUGAUUCGGACGACCCAGACUGGAUGCCCGCGGAACAUUCGCAAAGCGAUAACGAGUCCCUCGAAUAUGACUCGGAAUGCGAGACGUCAGAGGCGGCAUCAAGUGAAAACGGCUGCGACGGCAUUGGUUAUGACUCACUCAGCGAGGAGCAUGAUGGUGUCAAAGACUUGUAUCCUAUGCCCGAGCUUUGCGAUCAGCCACGACCCGAGCGACUGCCAAAUGGAACCUGGUACAACAACAAGAUAUACUACACCGGUAAUCGCCAAGGUCCUAUACUAUGUGACUUUCCCGGCGAAGGCGAGCACAAGGUCCCACCGGAGCACAUCGCUUCACCUUCGUGCCAGAGUCUUCGAGGCAUUAAUGGUCACAGGCUAAGCUUCAGACAGAUGAAGAAUUGUCGCAAUGUGCGAUUUUUGAUGCCUAAGCCUCAGAAUUUUAGGGUUGGAGUUGAUGAAAGGCUCAUGGAAAAAGACAGUUUUUUCUGUCUUUCUGGAGAGUCGAAUGGUUCCAACGUCAUAGAGGACUAUUACUCGGUUGGUUGGAAGUCGUUUUCUCCAUCCCGGCAUGGUUGUCGUGAAUUGAGGUGUGACUGGGAAAUGGUAAAUGGAGGGUCUGAUGGUUCAUACUCUUUAUAUCCCCUCCCUGUUCAUUCAUACUGUCUAGAUAUAUACGCUAAAGCAUCUUAUCGCAGAAUCGGUAGGGUUGAUCUAGAUGGGCUAUGGCACUGGAGAGAGAUUGAAAGUCGAGCACAAGCGGACAGAGAGGUUUUGAGGUUACAUCACCCGGACCUAUUCAGGGCCCGCGAGUGGUGGAACCUUCCAUGGUACCAUUAUACUGGAGACGAAUGGCUAGUCGAGAUUCCUGACAUGCGUACGCUUUUGAAACCUUGCUUGGAUGUGACAUUUGCUCAAGAGACUUCGCAACGCCAAGCAUCACGUCUUGACUCCAUUCCUAAAGAACUUCUUUAUCAGAUUAUCGACCUUCUCAGCCCUACAGAUGUCAAUUCUGUAGCGAAAACUUGUCACAUAAUGUAUCACUUCACUCAGUCAAGGUUUAGAGAGAUUGUCCGAAAAGACAUGGCUUGGCUUUGGGAGAUACUGGAGGGCAGCCAGUAUCCCGAAUCUCCAGAUAGACCCGUCAACUGGGAUCCUCUUUGUCCUUUGGGUAUCCCAACACCCUCUUUCCCUGUUGGCCUUGAGAAGGAAGACGUGGAGGCUGAAUUGUGGGAACAGAUCAUAGAAGAAUAUCCAGAAAUGGAAGAAAUCAGCAAGGCGGUCAAAACAGCCAACAGGAAGCGCCGGGAUGAAAUAGUGGCACCUUACGAGGAAAAGUUGGAGUACAUGUCGCAAGAAUGGCUUGGCUUUCGUGCAGAUGUAGAAACAUGGAUCCGUGGCACACAGAACAACACCAUUGAGGUCGAUUGGGGACGCACGUGGAGGCUCUUUUGUCCGGAGACAACCUUCCUUCCAGGGCUGCGGAACCGAGCCAGAAUUUGGGAACGCUGUCAAAAGAUCACGGGCUAUAUAGAAAUGUCACGUAUUGCUGGAGAGAUCGACGAGACGUCACCAGACUUGUUGGCCAAACUGGCGGAUCCUUCUCAACCGGGAUGGAGCACGGAUCCAGAAGUCGAUGGAUGGUGGUAA